ACCGCAUUCGGUGAGUAGUUGGACGGUUGGAAAUCAUUCCUGCUCUAUUCAGGUAUCGGUUAUCUCAUAUCGGUUCCACUACAUGCAAAAUCUAUAUAUCAUGACACUCGUCGCCGGUCUAAGUUCUGUCGUUAUUUGGUCAUCUACUGUCCUCUCGUUAGGCACCCUGAUUUGGCGAUAUAUAUCCCCUAGCAGGCCUUCAAGGUUCGAUUCGUUUUUAAAGAGUCUUGCAGCCAAUCUCUAUCGAAUCCCGAUCAAGUCUCUGCGUUUUUUGCCUUCUAGUUUCACUUUCAUCUAGCUCGAAAAAACUUGGUCGAUUGCGAAACAUUCACAAGGGACUAACAAACGAUGAGCGACCUCAUCAGAGACGCCCCUAUUGGGCAAAUCAUACGCUACCUUACCAAGAACAGAGUUCUCCAAUACCCAGAAGAGCGCGCAGAUUAUAUAUUGCCAGAAUCAUACGACACAGCGUUCACCUCUAAAACACCAAUCGAACCGGAGUCCACUCUCGACAACGAGAAGGCCCCGCAACCUGAAGACAAACUAGCAAGCGAAGAAGUCGAACCUCCAACAGAUUCGGAUCUCGAGAAGACCGAUACCGCUUCAAUUCUCAAUGGCGAGCAUUCAGUGCCCCUUGGCCGGAUCCAGAGUUCGCUCAGUAGGGUGAGCACGCGAGAAGCGCCUGGAAGAUCUCACACACGCGCCGAACUGGAGCACCAAAUCACCAAGGCCACGAUGGAGCGAGGGCCGACCCGAGAUAUCGUGCCGGAGCGCACGUCGGAUGGGGCUAUCCUCGUCGACUGGUAUACGACAGAUGAUCCUGCAAAUCCGCAGAAUUGGAGCCUCAAGAAGAAGAUGUUCGUCGCAAGUAUUAUCUAUCUCUAUACGCUUGCAGUAUAUAUGGGCAGCUCUAUAUUCACGGCCAGUUACAAUGGCGUCAUCGAAGAAUUCGAUGUCUCCGUUCAAAAAGUGUCACUGGGCCUGUCGAUGUACGUCCUCGCCUACGGAAUCGGUCCCAUGAUAUUCUCCCCAAUCAGCGAGAUGCCCUCCGUUGGUCGUAACCCGCCGUACAUGGUCAGUUUCCUGAUCUUCGUCCUCAUGCUCAUCCCCGCUGCCCUCACCCGCAACUUCUCCGGACUCAUCGCCGCACGGUUCUUCCAAGGCUUUUUCGGGUCUCCCUGCCUCGCGACAGGCGGCGCCAGUUUACAAGACAUGUUCUCUUUCAUGAAGAUGCCGUAUGUAAUUUCUUUGUGGUCCUUGAUAGCCACAUGCGGUCCUUCUCUCGGUCCCAUCAUCGGGGGCUUCAGUGUCCCGGUCAAGGGCUGGCGAUGGACCCAGUGGGAGUUACUCUGGCUGGCAGGGCCCAUCUGUCUGGCCAUGUUCCUCUUCCUCCCCGAGACCUCCACCCCCAACAUCCUCUUCCGGCGUGCGGAUCGGAUCCGCGCUCUAACGGGAGAGAACCGGCUGAAAAGCCAGGGCGAGAUUGACCAAGCGAAAAUGACCGUGAACGAUAUCGUCAUAGAGAGCCUUUGGCGACCGAUGCAGCUCAUGCUACUGGACCCUAGCAUUGCAUUUACUGCGGUCUACACUGCACUCAUCUACGGUAUCUACUACUCGUUCUUCGAGUCCUUUCCGCUGGUAUACAUGGGAAUGUAUGGCUUCAAUCAAGGCCAGACGGGCCUUGUAUUCCUCUCCAUCCCCAUCGGUACCCUUGUCGCCCUCAUCGUCUACUGGUCCUACAUAUACUGGUUCGUCGAGCCCGAAAUCCUCAAGAACGGCCUCGGUGCCCCCGAACACCGUCUAAUCCCCGGGCUCUUCUCCGCUUUCCUCGUUCCCGCCGGCCUUUUCAUCUUCGCGUGGACCUCCUCCCCUUCCAUCCACUGGGUCGUUUCCGUCAUCGGCGUCGGAAUAUUCACCGCCGGAAUCCUCAUCAUCAUCCAGUGCAUCUUCGUGUACCUCCCCUUUUCCUACCCCCAGUACGCCGCAUCGCUGUUCGCGGGGAACGACCUCGCCCGGUCGUCGCUCGCGGCGGGGUCGAUCCAUUUCUCCAGCCCGCUGUACCAUAACCUGGGCAUCGAUCGCGGCGUCUCGUUGUUGGCGGGGCUGACCGUUGGGUGUGCUGCUGGAGUGUAUAUCCUUUAUUUCUACGGAGCCACGUUGCGAGCGAAGAGCCAGUUCGCGGCGAAGUAAGAGUGCAUUUUGCCAGGCGUUUUCGAAGCACCUGGGCAAGGAAAAGGACAAAAGGGAUGCGGCGGUAAAAUAGAGUACAAAAUUGUCUUCCUAGAAUAAUAUUUCGCGUUUGUAUCACUACCAUCAAUGCUAUAGAUUGCAAGCUUUGAAUUCUAAACCGCUGCGAGCUACACAACUGGGAGAUCCUAUGUCUUCAACUGAACUUCCCUAUCAUCCACUUCCCUUGCCUAGGUGUACAGCAAUCCAGGGCAUUCUAAGAACAUCCUAGAUUCUUCACUCUCUAGAUACAUCUAUGAGAAUCGCCCGUAAGAGGCGGAACUCGCCGGCCUAUACGCGUAAUCAUGCACACUUCCAUUAUUAAUCGAGUUGGUUCAUACUUCAUACAUUAAUAUCCAAUGUGGAGCC